AAAGAAUUUGGGUGGGAAAAGCGCGCUACGUGUUUUAGACAGCCGUCAUCAUAUCUGCAGCCUGAAGCGGCACAGAAAGGUGUAGAAAUUAUACACAAUGGUGUUGUUUACGAUGAUCGCGCGGUUAGCGGAUGGACUUCCUCUGGCUGCGUCCAUGCAAGAAGACGAACAGGCAAGUGAAAAGAUGGGUCGAGACAUGCAGCAAUAUCAGAGUCAGGCCAAACAGCUGUUUCGGAAGCUUAAUGAACAAAGUCCAACACGCUGCACGCUGGAGGCCGGAUCCAUGACCUUUCACUACCUGAUAGAGACAGGGGUGUGUUACCUGGUGCUGUGUGAGGCCGUGUUCCCCAAGAAACUCGCCUUCGCCUACUUAGAGGAUCUCCAAGCCGAGUUCCACGAGCAGUACGGAAAGAAGGUCCCCACCGUGUCCAGACCGUACUCCUUCAUCGAGUUCGAUACGUACAUCCAGAAAACCAAGAAGUCUUACAUCGACAGCAGAGCUCGCAGGAACCUGGGCAGCAUCAACACGGAGCUGCAGGACGUCCAGAGGAUCAUGGUGGCCAACAUCGAGGAGGUGCUGCAGCGAGGAGAGGCUUUAUCUGCUUUGGACUCGAAGGCCAGCAACCUGUCCAGCUUGUCCAAGAAAUACCGCAGCGACGCCAAAUACCUGAACACGCGCUCCACCUACGCCAAGCUGGCGGCCGGCGGCGUCUUCUUCAUCAUGCUCAUCGUCUACGUCCGCUUCUGGUGGCUGUGAGGAUGAGGAAGAGGAGGAAGAAGAAGAGGAGGACAGAGGAGACGUGACGGAGACCCGGACGUCGC